GACGAGGAUGGCGACUUCAUUCCGUUUUGGUACUCCAAGACGGGCGUCAUCGUCAAGUGGUCCCUCUUCCUAGGCCUCAUCGUCAUCGUCACCCUAUACCUCCUCGUAGGCUACAUGCACGCCAAGAGACGCAUCCGGAAGGGCCUCCCACCGCUGGGUUAUCACAGGUUCCUGGUUUCCCGCACGGAGCUCGCCCGAGUCGACCCCCGAUACGCAUUCCCCCAGCGGCCCUCGUACGGCACCUACUACCCGCCGAGCCAAUACUACGGCAUGCACGCCAUGCCGCCGCCAGUCUACGAUCCCGAGGCACCCCGGCCGCCCGUGUACGAGGGCGCCAAGGUCGAUCCCAGCCAGGCGGGGCCGGGAUUCACGCCCGAACCGACAAGACGGCCUACCGAGCCGGCCCCUGAUUAUUCGCCUCCCGCGGGACCGCCCCCAGGCGCAUCGAGG